AACCUCACCGCCUCCACCUUUCUCCAGCGACGAAGAUGCCAGCAUCCCCUUGUGCCCUCUGUAAAACCUCGCGCGCCCUUAUCGUUCGACCCAAGAACCACCAAAAGUUGUGCAAACCGUGCUUCCUGCAUGUCUUUGAGACCGAGAUCCACCACACAAUAACCACAAACGCCCUCUUCCACCGCGGUGAACGGAUCGCCAUAGGCGCCUCCGGUGGUAAAGAUAGCACCGUCCUUGCAUCAGUCCUCAAGACCCUCAAUGAGCGCUACGACUACGGCCUCGAACUCAUCCUUCUCUCUAUAGACGAGGGCAUCACCGGCUACCGUGACGACAGCCUUGAGACAGUGAAGAGAAACGCCGUGCAGUAUGGCAUGGAGCUGAAAAUUGUGGGCUAUGGAGAGCUAUAUGGGUGGACGAUGGACCAGGUCGUUAGCCAGGUGGGCAAAAAGGGCAAUUGCACCUACUGUGGGGUGUUCAGACGGCAGGCAUUAGACCGCGGAGCGGCGAUGCUCGGUGUCAGACAUGUAGUGACGGGGCAUAAUGCAGAUGACAUGGCAGAGACAGUGCUCAUGAACCUACUCCGAGGUGAUCUGCCGAGGUUAGCAAGGACAACGAGCAUCGUCACUAAGACGCCGAACGCGGCCGCGAAGAUGGACACAAAAGACGGCAGAACAGACGAUGGCAUAGAAAUCAUCCCGGACGUAAUCUCGCACACCGACAUCAUCCGCUCUAAGCCGCUCAAAUACGCUUACGAGAAGGAAAUCGUCCUCUACGCACACCACAAGAGCCUCGACUACUUCAGCACUGAGUGCAUUUACUCACCCGAAGCCUUCCGCGGCAGCGCACGAGCUCUGAUCAAAAAUCUCGAGCGUAUCCGUCCCAGCGCGAUUCUAGAUGUCGUGCGUAGUGGCGAGGACAUGGCGAAGCUUGUGCCCGCAGAAUUCGGGGGCGCACAGACCGAAGAAGAAGGCGAAGGUGGCUGUGGAGCCGCGCAAGGCCGGACGGGGGGCGGGAGUAUGGGAUCAUUGGAGGCAAAGCUGAGGGAGGAUGAAGGUGCAAAGAUGAGAGAGGUGGAGGCCCUGGAGACAGAGAUCACACUACCCAUCCGCACAAAGGGGAAACCGAAGAGUAAGCCGAAGAAGGGAGCGCCGACGCAGGCGAAGAAAUACCAGAAGCAGGUCAUGGGCCAGUGUGAGAGGUGCGGAUAUCUGUCAAGUCAGAGCGUGUGCAAGGCUUGUACGCUGCUCGAAGGGCUGAACAAGGCUAGGCCGAAGGCAGACAUUGGGAUUGUGGUUGGACUGGAUACGUGAAAGAGUAAAGAAAGGUAUAACGACUACGCUUCUGAUGCUCUAGGAGCGCAUAGAUUCAGUAGAGUCCGGGGCCCGCACGACUGAUACAGCAAUAACGCCGGUGGUCCUUCGUGCUUCGAUCAAAGUUACGACGACUGAACAAAAGUGAGGCCUCGACAACAGCACUGGCAGCCAUGAAGAUCCGUAUCUUCGAUAGCGCCAGAGCACAGGCACGUCUGCGCCUUAUCCUCGAGGUUCAUAUAGACAAACCAUACAGCAAUUUUUUUGCUUUGCUAUACAGCGGCCGAAUAAGAUAAUAUCCCAAGAUCCCUUUAUAUAGAGUUUAGAGAGCCUAUUUACCAUCGCCGCUACGGUAUAUACAUACACGCUCGUAUAUAUAAUGAGACACACACAAUACAAA